UUUCUGAACUUAUAUAUUAUGGCUGUAAGAAUGUAUAGGGACAGGUGAAACUUUCAGAGUAGUGGCGGUUAAAUUUUAUCAAGUGUGGUAUCUUAAUAUGCUGUUUUUCAUAAAUUACUUUCUUCAUUUACAGAUAGAUGCAUGCAAUGGAUACUACUGUGACGGUUAUAGGCCAAAUUCCUAUAACAAACCCACGCUUUGGACUGAAAAUUGGGAUGGAUGACGGAGCAAGGUUUAGAGGGCAAGUUAAACUUACUGGAUUUCAAAAUGGGGAUAUAGACCUCUCAAAGUCUUUAUGGACCUACCAGGUUGGGCUCAAGGGAGAAUUCUUGAAGAUAUAUGCUGCAGAAGAAAAUGAAAAGGCAGGGUGGACUGAUUUAACUCCAGAUGCUGAUCCAUCGAUAUUAACAAUUUGAUGGCACCGCCUCCACCACCUCCAAUAGACCAAGCUUCAGAUGCAAAUUUAAGAGUCGCCAUCUAUUUUAGUUCGGGAGUCACAAGAUGAUUCUUAGUUUAUUUAUAUUAAUUUACUAAAGAAUGAACUUUAUGAAGUUUUUUUUUUUAUUUUGGUAGGGGUAACCUUAAAAUGAUAACUUUAUGACUUAUUUUAGUAUUGAACAUUAUAAAGAAUUUUAGCAUUAAACAUUUUA